CCGCCUUCUUCUUAGAAGUCUCAAUUUUGAGAUACUACCAUUGUUAACGUCACAUUAUCUCUGUUUGACCUCUUGGUUUCGCCUUCAUAGCUUAGUUUCUUCGUUUUCCGAUGGAUCGUGCUUCAUGGCGAACCCAGGUCCUUUCCAAGCACCUCCUUCACUCUUCUUCGCCGGCGAUUCUCCAACCCAACGCUUGCCUCCAUUAUUCUCCGCCGGAACUCUCCGCGCCCUUUGCUUUCGACAUCAAAGAGAUGCGGAACCUCAUGGACGGUCACAAUUUGGAGGAUCGGGAUUGGUUGUUUGGUUUGAUAAUGCAUAGCAACCUUUUCAACCCCAGGAGGUUGGGGGGAAGGGUCUUCGUCUCGCCCGAUUUUAACCAGUCCAUGGAGCAGCAAAGGGAGAUGACUAUGAGACGCAUUGAGUAUCUAUUGGAUCGAGGGGUCUUCCAAGGUUGGCUUACCGGUACAGGGCCUGAGUUCGAAUUGAAGAGAUUUGCGCUCCACGAGGUUCUUGGGAUGUAUGACCACUCCAUCGCCAUUAAGCUCGGUGUCCAUUUCUUCUUGUGGGGUGGAGCCAUACGGUUUCUGGGAACGAAGCGCCAUCAUGACAAGUGGUUGAGAGACACUGAAAAUUAUAUGAUCAAGGGUUGUUUCGCUAUGACUGAGCUGGGCCAUGGAAGUAAUGUCCGGGGAAUUGAAACAGUUGCUACCUAUGAUUCAAGCACUGGAGAGUUUGUCAUUAAUACUCCAUGUGAAUCAGCUCAGAAGUAUUGGAUCGGGGGUGCGGGAAAACAUGCAACACACACCAUAGUCUUUUCGCAACUCAACGUUAAUGGAAACAAUCAAGGUGUCCAUGCGUUUAUUGCCCAAAUUAGGGACUCAGAUGGAAACACAUGUCCAAAUAUCAGAAUAGCUGAUUGUGGUCAUAAAAUUGGUUUAAAUGGAGUGGAUAAUGGUCGUAUAUGGUUUGACAACGUGAGAAUACCCAGAGAGAAUCUGUUGAAUUCAGUGGCUGAUGUUUCGCCAAAUGGCCAAUAUUUGAGUACAAUAAAGGAUCCCGAUCAGAGGUUUGCAGCAUUCUUGGCUCCUUUGACUUUUGGACGUGUAACUAUUGCUGUCAGUGCUGUUUACACGUCCAAGAUUAGCUUAGCCAUUGCCAUACGAUAUGCACUGACAAGGCGGGCCUUCUCUAUUACACCAACUGGGCCUGAAGUUCUACUGCUUGAUUACCCUAUUCAUCAGCAGCGUUUAAUGCCUUUACUUGCAAUAGUAUAUGCAAUGAGUUUGGCGGCAAAUGACUUAAAAAUGAUGUAUGUGAAAAGGACACCUGAGUCAAACAAAACCAUUCACGUUGUUUCUAGUGCGUACAAGGCUACUUUUACAUGGAAUAAUAUGCGAAUUCUUCAGGAAUGUCGUGAAGCCUGCGGUGGACAAGGUUAUAAAACUGAAAAUCGUGUUGGUCAUUUGAAGGGUGAAUAUGAUGUGCAGUCAACUUUUGAGGGGGAUAACCAUGUUCUGAUGCAGCAGGUGAGCAAAGCACUUCUUGCAGAAUACAGAGCAAAUCAGAAGAAAAACAAGCCAUUUGCGGGUUUGGGAUUAGAAUACAUGAACAAACCUCAGCCUACUAUCCCCUCACUGCUAACAAGUUCUACCAUCAGGAGCAGCCAAUCUCAGAUUGACAUAUUCCAUUCAAGAGAGCGAGAUCUCUUGAGUCGUUUUGCUGCAGAGGUGUCAGAAUAUCAAGCUAAGGGAGAAAGUGCAGAGUCUGCCUUCAUUCAAAGUUUUCAGCUUGCUGAGGACUUGGGUAGAGCUUUCUCAGAACGAGCGGUACUGCAAACCUUCAUGGACGCUGAAUCUACUUUACCCGCUGGUUCCCUGAAGAAUAUCUUCGGGCUUUUGAGAUCCUUGUAUGCUUUGACUUGCUUGGAUGAAGAUGCUUCCUUCCUCCGAUCUGGAUACUUGUCAAGAGAUGAAGCUGUUGAAGUGAGGAAAGAAGUGACAAAACUAUCUUCUGAACUCAGACCCCACGCACUAGCCCUGGUCAGUUCCUUUGGUAUUCCUGAUGCUUUUUUGAGCCCUAUUGCUUAUGACUGGAUCGACUCAAAUGCUUGGGCCUCUGUUGAACAUUAACUGCUGGUGCAAAAUUUCUGUGCUUAUGAUGUUGUAUUUAGUAUUUUGUGUCAACUAGACACAUUUUCCCAUGUAAUGUAUGGAGUUAUAUAUUCAUAAUUAUGAAUAACGCAACUUGUUACAAAUUUGUAAUAUAUCCAACUGAUCCUAUUUAUAAGGUACUUCCAGCAUAUUUCA